AUGAGCAGCACGAUGCGAACCGAGCUGGUUGUUUGGAAACACUGGUGAAUUUCCAGCGAACGUUUCGUCUCAAUCGGAUACAUUGCAGCUUCGGAUUGUUACUUAACGUUCGAAAUUGGAACGCGACGCUUCCGGAAUGAGUUCGAUCCCGAUUCGCUGAAGGCGAGAGUCCCAGGAAUUCAAGGGACGUUCAGCAAAAAAAAAUCUCAAGCAUCUCCCGUUUCGGCGUGAGAUCUGGGACGUAGUUUGCGUAGGGCUGCUAGUGGGCAGUAUUACCGCUUGUUGUGAUUACUGGAUUUUGGGGCUGUAUACUGCGCCAUCUUGAGACUUCUUUUUCUCCCCCCCACCCCCCCCACUUCUCCCUCCCUCAUCUGAAAGAUUCCGGGGGGUUUAAAGGAUAUCUUGUUUGCUCUUUCACUCGGUCUACUGGGCCUGUAGAAGGCGGCCAAAUUAAAACUUAGUCCACUCCACCCCCGGCCCCCCUUGGUUGCCUGAUCCCACAACCACAAAAAGAGAAAAAUCACCCCCUUUUUUAAAAAAAAGUGAUUGAUAGGAUCGAGCAUGAGUAUCGAAACACUCCUGGAAGCUGCAAUGUUUUUGGAAUUGCAAGCGCAACAACAGAAAACACGUGAAGAACAUGAGAAACGAGACAAGUUCCUUUUGGACAGGGAGCCAGAAAGUAAAAGAACAGACUUGGAUAGAAUCAACAAUGUAAUCCACAUAGAAGAGGUUAAACCUGAGCUCCAAACUGUUCCUGCACUUCAAGUCCCGAAACCAUUGCCUCCUCCAGCUGUUGCUGCUACAGUCGUUGUGCCUCACGUGGCCAGUCCUUCCCUCGCUCCGUCCCCACUUCCUCCGCAAAUCGUACAGCAUCAUCAGCCAGUCCUGAGCCCCACCAACAGCACCAGAGAAAUUUCCCAGUCCCCGCCAGUGCUUCAUCGCUCUCCGAUCUCUACACUCACUGACCCACAGCCUGGUCCACCGUUGGUGAGCAGCUCGCCUCAGCAGUUUACAAGUUCAAUGUUGACCAUCCCACCGCAUCAUGUCCUCCAGCCGUCAGCCCUACCGCAGCAGCCAAGUGGCCUUAAGCCAAGCCCAGUCGAUGAUGGAAAGCCCCAGGAUCAAAAGAGAAGGCCAGGAGGAACAGGAUGAAGAUCCUCCAAAUGU